GGAGGAGCCAAAGGAAAUUGUCGAUGGAGGGGGCAACACUGCCGCGGCGACCGCAACUCGACGUGGGAACGUAAGGUUUGUUCGAAAAACAGCCAGAGAUGAGCGCAGCCGAGGACGAAAGCGACGUGGCGAGCAGUGGUGAGAGCAGCGGCAGCGAUGACGUUUCCGAGUCGUCAGCUGUAGACAGCAGCAGUGCCGAUGAAAGCAGUGACGACGACGGCGAUGACGACGGGGACAAUCAAGCUCAAACAGAGAGCGAUCUCAUCAAGGCCAAUUCUGUUGCGACCGAUGUCGCGGCCAUUAAGCGUCUCGCCAACGAUAUGCAAAAGAUUUAUCUUCGCUUGAAAUACCGACAACAACUUAGCCAGACAGACCGCGAGAACGAGAAACUCGCGAAUCCUCCACUGUCGCCUCAGCCACAACAAGAAAAGUUGCCGUCGCCACCACUCAAGCAGUCCCCACGCCCGCCACCGAUAGACAUCCCAAAGGUCAUGCCUCCACAAAAGACGAAAACGGACGCCGCGACCGACUCGGACGACUUGCCACUUGUUGCACCCGUGGAUAUGCCUCCGCCGCGUGCCACGUUGCCCUUUGAAGAGGAGCUGUCCAAAAGCAUCGAAACGAAACAAAUACCGCAACAUGCCAAAGGGCACAUUGACGCAGAAUGCAAACUGCAGAUGGAGUUGAAACCCGCGACGACACUGCAUUUGCUGCAGUACAUGGCUGAAGGGAGCCCUGCCGACGAACGCUUGGACGAUGUACCCGACACCACAGAAAGCCUUCCCGAAUUCAAAGACGACGCGCGUCAAUCACGACAACCCUCGCAAGCUCGUCAGUCUCCUCCACAAUUCCUUCAAGCUAAGAAAGGGCCAACCAACCCAGAAAAUAAUGCAAAGCCUGAAAUGCGUGGCCAAGCAGACCUACUCACACAAAGUCGACAUCUCCGCGGCGAGAAGUGCAAGAAGCUUCCAAGUAAACAAGAACGCUUGACACCCCCGGUGGCUCCGCUGCCAUCCCAGUGGAGCCACGAUGACAUGGACGACGUCUCAGGAAUUCCCGUCGCCACAGACAUGGAGAAAGGAGGCUUCGGUACAAACACUGACUCCACACGCGAGAUUAACAAUCACGAAGUCGAUCACGGCACGGAAAACCUUGAAGACGAGCUCGAGUUUGACCAUCAUGCCGGGGACGAAAGCACCAUGCCAGUUGAUGAACCAACUGCUCCUGCUUCGCUAGCCAAUGCAAACAGUGCCAGUCCAAUAGCACAGCUGAAUGCCCAAGUUCCAGUCAAGACCAGCGGAAGCACUGACGAAAUCCAGACAAAGGGCGGCGUGGGUGCACCUGGGACUGCUACAAAGAUGGGGUCGACAGAACUGGGAAUACUCGAGAAGCCAGCAAAUUUGGUUGCCUUGGAACCCCAGGCAGGCUCGGAUCGUCCCCUUCCGGACUCAGCAUCAGUCAUUCCAAGCGGUGAUGGUAGACAAAUCCAACUUCAGCCGUCGCAACAACAAUCGCCAGCAAACACGGCAGCUCAUGACGUUCCCACCACGACCAAAGGCGACUUUCCCUCAAGCGUUGGACUGCAGCCAGCCUCAUCGAGUAGUAUUCCAAUCCAGGGCGAAAUACCGUCUAUACAAACUAUCAACACAUCAACUACACAGGAUUCGCUUGUGCCAGCAUCGACAACGGAGACCCAGCCAGCCGCAACCGCGCAAAGCCCACUUCCACCGCAGCCGCAGGUUCAAGCAUCAUCACCAGUCUUGGAGCCAUCCGUGUCGCAGGUUCAAGCAUCAUUACCUGUCUCGGAGCCAUCCGUUCCGCAUUCGCAACAAUCGCGCCAGCAUGACUCCGCGACAGCGGCGACGGCGCCCUCGAGCUAUGUGCCAGAGGCUACUGCGCCUUCUCAAAAUGAUUUCGAAACUAUUGCUCCAACCCAACCACCCUCCCCUUUUCUUUCGCCUCCGAUCUCCGUGCCCAUGGCGGCACCCACCACUCCAUUGUUCAGCCCUCCCAUGAGUCCAACAUUUAGCAGCCCCACCAGUCCGUUGACGUCCAAUAUGCAUUUGAAGCACCGAUCAAGCGUGAAAGAAUACUCCACCACCGCCCCUCAAGCGAACGCGCCAUCACCGCACUUCUUCGGCAACGAUCUUCGAGUGACUUCGCCUCCCAUGAGCCCUUCCCAUUUCCCGACAUCCCCUGCGAAACCCCCCGUGCAUCAUUCAUCCUUGUCUCCAACGCUCGGCGCCGCAGCGCUUCCUUCAACACGUUCCCCCACAAUCGAAUACGAAGUAAACGCAAUGCACUAUUUGCUGUUUGGACCGCCACCAUGAAGAACCAUAUCCCCCUUCAUGGCACACUGCUGUCACGAAACGGUGCACACCACUGAUAAAAAAAGUUUGUAGCAGCAGCACCGACAAUGAAAAGUUCUCGGCCAAAGUCGAGUUGAACCGACCCAAAUCUUCUGGUUGGAGAUAUAGCUGGAAUGUGCCCUGGAUUGAGCUCUUUCUAUUGCACUUCGUUCCAAAACCCCCAGCAGUUGCCCGUGCACGACGUACUGCCACACGUGCGGCAGUGGAAUCCUCGACGCGUCUCGACGACGGCCGGGUCGGCUUGAACAGCUUCCAAACGCGCUUUGACCUUUUCGAUUUGCUUGCGAACGGUGCGACGUUUGUUCUUACUCCGCUUGGCCAGGUCGGGUUCGUCUAGAAGUGCCGUGUACACUUGUUCAAGGCCCGCCACUUGGGCCUCCAGUUCAGCCGCCGUAAAGUACUGGAUAAAGGUAAAGUAGCAGUUCUUCAGGUAUUGGUGGUCGCCGCAGUGGACUUCGCCGUGGCGCGCGGCGUAGCACGAGUCGCACACCAGCAGCAAAUCGCGGCACACCGAGCACACUUUGCCACCGUUGAAGGUAUCGUACGACGCCUUGCAUUCAAUGCACGUCCCGACGACGUCGCUUUGUUCGGGGCCCAUGAGGACUCUACUGGAGCCAUCAGACGAG